AUGGAGAAAUCCAGAACUUCAACUAACAGCAGCAGUGCUGCAACUUCGAACAUAAAAAGAGGGCCAUGGACUCCUCAAGAGGACAAGAAGCUCUUUGCCUUCAUUCAACAACAUGGCCAUGGAAGCUGGCGUUCCUUGCCCGAGAAAGCUGGUUUACAAAGAUGUGGGAAGAGCUGCAGGUUAAGAUGGAAAAACUACCUAAGACCUGAUAUUAAGAGAGGAAAUUUCAGUUUGCAGGAAGACCAGACUAUCAUUCAGCUUCAUGCACUUCUAGGCAACAGGUGGUCAGCAAUAGCUGCAAACCUACCAAGGAGAACAGACAAUGAGAUCAAGAACUACUGGAAUACACAUUUGAAGAAGAGAUUAGACAAGAUAGGGUUUGACCCAGUAACCCACAAGCCCAAGACCACCAUCCUUGGCUUUGCUAAUGGCGACCCGAAGAACCUCUCAAACCUCAGCCACAUUGCUCAGUGGGAAAGUGCUAGGCUUCAAGCAGAAGCUAGAUUUGUGAGAGAGUCAAAACUACUCAAACCUGCACCACCACCGCCACCAGCACAGUGCCUUGACUUCAAUCUAAGAACAUGGGAAACCCUAAUGAUGUCAAAGUCAUUAACGGCAGGUUAUGGAGGUGGCGGCGAAGCCGGUGGUGUUGGUCGUGCCACUGAUGUUGGUUCAUUCGUUAACUUUGACGGGGUACCUGGUAAUGAUGGUAGACUGUUUGAUGUUCCACCGUUGACCAUGUCAGCAGCUCCGGAUUUCAGUGAUGUUUCAGAGGAGAGUGGUGUUAGAGAAUACGGUGACAUAUUAGACGCGCUGCUGCAGCAGACUUAUAACAACACAGGGUUUGAUGUAGCGGAUGCUUGGGCUUGGGAACAAUGUGAUGAUAUCAGUGCAGACUGUCAAAAUGUGAUCAUGAGCGAGGGGUUGAUGACAAACCUAUUUAUGUUUCGGUAA